GCCGCCACUGCGUGGCCUUUCUGAGCCCUCGGGCUGCGCAGCGCCUCCUUGCUUGGUUUUGCCCUGCGGUCAGGCGGGGUGGGCCCCAGCGCGGUCGGCCGCGUGCCUCGCUGCGGCUCUGGUCACCGAGAGCGGUGGCGGGAUGGCAGGGCGGGUCUAGUUCCGAGGCUGCCGGUGGCUCUGCAGUCGUCGCUGGGUGCAGACCCGCCGCGAGUGGCGGGUCUGCUCCUAUAGCUGUCCAGAUUGUUAAACGGUGGGCUUCCUCCGUCCUGCCUUCACCCAACCCAAUCAAUGACUAAUAUAUUUAGGUCGGUUAGACUCAGAGCUCCUUAUGCUGGAGACUGAAUAUCUUAAACCGAGGGCAAACGUCCUCUCUAACCUGAGUACUCCAGGCUCUAGCUAACAAGUACAUUUAGUGUCUGGUUAGCAGAGACUUUGGGACCCUGAUUUGUUCUCAGCUCUAAAGCACAAAUUCAGAGAGUGGAAGAAUACUGAGACACGGGUUGGAGGGUGGAGCAUCGAGAAUGCUUUGCUCCUUAGGAUAAUGCACUUGCUUAAAAAUAUUACAGUAGCCUAUGGCGACUAUGUUUUUAUCCUAACACAAGUGUGCGUUUUUAGCUAUUUAAGCCUCACAAAUUCCACCAUUAGACUGGACCCCGGCUUUGCUGCUAUCAGCUAUGCAAGACACUGAGUGAGAAACUGACAAGGAACAUUGCCAGUAGAAUCCAACUUGCUGACUCCUAAUCAGAACGGAGACUGGAAGGAUCCAGUCAUCAUUUAGUCCCAAUAAACUUUUAAGGAAGGAAACAAAGCUAUGUAAAGACAUUGAUGCUACAGCGUCAGCAACAAUGCUCAAAUUUUAGUUCUAACGAGACCCUGGCAAAUGUGGUGUCUAUAUGAGAAGCUGGUCCUACAGCACAAGGACUGGCAUGCUCUUGCCUUGGUUCAGAGCCGCCUUGAUGAGGAAGGCCUUCGCAUCUUCUUCGCGUUUGAGGCCGGGUUGUUCGUUCCCGCACUGCCGACGGAGGAGAAUUGGCUCUCUGCAGCCACCGUCCCUCGUAAGAAAAUCAGCAAGACUCGUUGGCGACCAUUACCUCCAGGGAGCCUGCAGACAGCGGAGACUUUCGCCACGGGCUCUUGGGACAAUGAGGAAAAUUAUGUUUCAAUGUGGUCUAUUGGAGAUUUUGGAAACUUGGAUUCUGAUGGAGGAUUUGAAGGAGACCAUCAAUUAUUGUGCAGUAUCAAACAUGAUGGUGAUGUAAUGGAUUUACAAUUUUUGGACCAGGAAAGAAUUGUAGCUGCUUCAUCGACAGGAUGUGUGACAAUUUUCCUCCACCAUCCAAAUAACCAGACUCUGUCAGCCAGCCAGCAGUGGGCAGCAGCUCACUCCCACACGGGUCCAGGCAGCCCUUCCUGCAGCAGUGCACCGUGCACAGGUGUUGUGUGCAACAGCCCAGAGGUGGUCACAGUUGGAGAAGAUGGUCGGAUAAAUCUCUUCAGAGCUGAUCACAAGGAAGCUGUAAGAACUAUCGACAAUGCAGAUAGCAGUACACUCCAUGCUGUAACCUUCCUUCGAACUCCUGAGAUCCUUACAGUAAAUUCAAUUGGACAGUUAAAAAUAUGGGAUUUUAGACAACAAGGAAAUGAGCCCACACAGAUAUUAUCACUGACUGGUGACCGAGUGCCACUCCACUGUGUUGAUCGACAUCCCAACCAGCAGCACGUUGUAGCUACUGGCGGCCAGGAUGGAAUGUUGAGUAUUUGGGAUGUUAGACAAGGUACAAUGCCUGUGUCUCUACUAAAGGCUCAUGAAGCUGAAAUGUGGGAAGUUCACUUUCACCCAUCCAACCCAGAUCAUCUGUUCACUUGUUCUGAAGAUGGAUCUCUCUGGCACUGGGAUGCCUCCACAGACGGACCUGAGAAGUCAUCACUCUUUCACCAAGGAGGAAGAAAUAGUACUUUUUUGUCUCAUACCAUUAGUAACCAAGCUAAUGUUCACCAAUCUCUUAUAAGCUCCUGGCUCAGCACUGAUCCUGCCAAAGAUCGUAUUGAAAUCACAAGCUUGCUUCCUAAUAGGACUUUGUCUGUGAACAGUCUGGAUGUUUUGGGUCCUUGUCUUGUUUGUGGAACGGAUGCAGAAGCAAUUUAUGUUACUAGACAGCUUUUUUCAUGAAGAUACUAAAAGAUUUCAGGUAAAACAUACAGUUACAGCCUUUCAAAUGCCAAUUUCUGUGCAAAUUUUUGUUAUUGGAAAAUGUGAAAUUUGCAAGGGGAACAUCCGUAAACUAUUGUUAAUGUUGAUGCCCAGUUUGUUAGUUGAAUAUGCUCUAACAGUUGCUGGAGUCUGAUUGAUGACCCAUGGCAAAAGAAUUGAAAUAUGUGGCAGAACAUCAGAGGGAUCCUUGUUCUGAUGAAUGCACUGCCUUCAGCACCAUUCUAGACAGCUCAUGGAACCAACUCUCCAUUUUUGAUGUUGUAGGGCUUAAUAAUGUCAAACCACCAACAGGUUCCUUUCCUUUUUAUCAGCAGUAUGUGGGGUAUGGUAUGUCCCUCCCUGGUGACAUUUUUCAAUACUAGUAUUUAUUCUCUUUACUGCAAGUAUUUCUUCAGCCCUUCAACAUUUUAUUUCCUUAAUAAUUUCAGUAAACUUUCUUCAGUAAGAAUUGAGUAGAGCAAAAAUGACAGUUUUUGGUAGUGUUCAAAUUUUUUUUAAGGUGAAAAUGUUUUGAUGGGUUCCUUUAUUAGAAUGGGUUUGAAUAGAACUCUCACCUCCUUAGACCCAGCUUUGUUUCUCUUGAAAAAAGACAAAAUACAUUUUUCAUAAGGAUUUUUGCUUUUAUAUAGUUUUUUACACCAUAGUUGAAAAUUGCUGAAUUGGACAUUGUGCAAUAAAAUAGGAUUUGACAUUGGUAAGUGAGCCAGCUUCCAACUAAAAUUUGAGAGGUAACAUGUAUGAGACUAGUAUGAUGAUGUGAUUGGAGUAAAGAGUUUUGCCAUCCUUAUCUUUAAUGUUAAUGAUGACCUAACACAGUAUUUUGAGACAGUUUUAUGAUACUGUCUUUCCAAAGUCUGUUAAGAGUAAGUGCAUCAUUGAAUUGUAAAGACCUUAAUGAAAGAUCACUCCUGUUACACAGGAAGUUUCUAUUUAUUUACUUUACAAUUCCAACAACAGAUAACUACAAGUUUUUGUCUUUCUGGCCCAAUAAAUAGGUUCAAUUUUUUUAUGUUGACUUAUUCUCAGGAUUUUGGGGGUUUGAAGUUUUUUUUGUUUACAUUUUAAAAUAGAAUAUAUAUAUAUAUAUAUAUAUAUGCAUUUGUUGUUCUGUAUAUAUAUAUAUAUUUGGCUCAAAAAAUAAUUGACUAAAGAUAUUUAGUAACUGAAUUCCAAAGAAUCGAAGAAGGAAAAAAAAUGUUGCUGAUAGGAAUUUUUAAUCAGUUUCUAGUUUUAUUGCUGGGGCUAGUUUUUAAAACUUUGUUAUUACAAAAGCCAUUCAUUACAGAAAAAGCAGUCAAAAGAAAAAGUACCAAUAAUCUCAAAUAGACAUAGUUCUUUUCAUACCACUUUGUAUCCAUUAAUGUAAAUAAUUUUUCAUAAAAAAAAAUGAAAUAUACAUGUUAGAUUUGUGAAUGCACAUUCUCUCACAGUCAAAACAUGGAUUCAGUAAUAAUAUACCUAAGAAUUGUCCUUUUGACUUUAUAUUUACAUUUAUAUGAAUACCUUGCUGCAGCCUAAGCUGCAGUGUCCUUCUCUUCACUCAGUAGAGGCAUCCUCCCAUUCCACUCAGCAGGUCAGCAUCCUUGCGUUGAAUGGGCUCAGAGUUGAUCCUCAUUCCUGGGAGACCCUGGCUCCCAAGUGGCACAUUUUCCAUGUACAGUGAAUGGAAAAUGCUUUGUGCCUCUGCUUUAAUCAUAUUACCUGCUACUGAAAAGCUGAAGGUUUCAUGAAUGCUGUUGGCACCCUUCUCAAUUUUCAGCAGUAAUGUAAAUAAUUUCUCUUGAUUGUUAUAGUAAAUAAUCGGUAGAGGGAGGGAACCAGACAUUUAGGCUUAGCAUACUAGCUUGGACUGGAAACAAGUUUGAAGUUUGAAGCUUUGGUUUGAUUUAAGGGUAUUUGUAACCAUAAGCAAAAGAAAGUACAUUUGAAUAGUGUCACAUUUUCUAUCAGUUGAUGAGUUCUGCCAGAUGUAAUAAGAAACAUAAGCUUUAUGUAGUAUAAAUAAAACCCUAAUUUAUGAAUGUGUUCAUUCUCACUGCUUUCAUUCAUGAAAACUAUCAAAUAGUUUCUUUUGAGGGCUCUAGGAUCUCCAAGGUGAACAAUAUCUUUGAGGGCAUCUCCAACCUAAAUUUAAUCAUCACAUCCACAGAUUCCCAACAAAAAAUUUUCAUCCAGCCUCUACUUGAAAAUACAUGAUGAUAAAGUCUCCCAUUUCCCAGUGUAGCCUCCUCGUUUGACAGCUGUAAGUGAUAUAGCAUAUGGCAAGGUUUUAAUGUGUGAGUGGGGUCCUAAACAAUCCUAUAAAAAAGGUAGAAUCAUUAUUGUGGGUUAAUGAAAUGAUCAUGUGAACCUACUAUAGGUUCACUAUGAGACAAAACCAACCACCAAUCAUUUUAUGGAAUUUCCAUUGUGUUGGGGUGCUUUACUGUAAGUUUCCACUAAAUAAAUGAAUUUUCACGUACUGAACUGAAA